GUGGCGAACGGGCACGCCGCCCAGGUCCAUGGCGGCUGCGUGGAAUGCGUGCCGACCCAGGACAAGGGCCGCGUCCUGGUCGCCCAGCGCGCGUUCCAGCAGGGCCAGGUGAUCUUCUCGGAGCAGCCGCUGCUGACGGUCGCGGCAGACGCCCAGGACGAGGCAUUCGUGGCGCUGAGGCGGCUGUGUGAUGGACGCGGUUGGGACUUCGAGCCCUUGUGGUACUGGGCCGCCCUGAGGUCCCUGACGGAAGACCAGUUGUCAGGCGGCCCCCUGGCGCGUGCGCCACCGCUGGCUCCUGAGAAGCAGGAGAAGCUGCUGAUACUGCACCAGGGCGAGAGAAACGGUGUCAGCGCGGCCUGCGCCGCGAUCGGCAAGCAGUUCGCCCCGCGAGCAGAGGCCAUCUUGCUCGAGCGGGUGCUGCAGGUGUGGGUGCACAAUGCGUUCGACUACUCGGACGACCCACCCGGCUACGCCACGUACUUCCUGCCGUCGUUCAUGUCGCACUCGUGUUGGCCGAACGCCUUUUGGCAUUACGGCGCUGGCGGCAAGAACAGCUACGUACUGCGGGCCCGGCGAAACAUCGCCAAGGGCGAGGAGAUCACCGUGUCAUACCUGGACGAGUCGUUGUUGCUGGCCUGCGCCCCGGAGCGGCGCUGGGACCUCUGGGAGUCGAAGCUCUUCUGGUGCGCGUGCGAGCGGUGCUGCGGAGGCGUCGAUCGUAGCAGGGGCCUGACCUGCCCCGUGUGCCGCUCGGGCUCCGUCUUUGCAAGCCCAGGCGGGCCCAGCAGGCUGGCCAGCGGCACGCUGGGACCCGGAGCGCUGGUCGGGGCGGCCUGCGGCGCCUGCGGCUGCGAGCUGACACUGGAGCAGGCGAUCUCGCUCAGCGGGCACGAGGCCUCCCUGAAGGGCAUCCUAGACGGCUGGCAGGAGGACGGGGCCCCGUCGGAGAUCGAGGCGCAGCAGGUCGAGGAGCUCGUGGAGGCCUGCUUCCCGCAGCACUUCCUGGGCGACAGGGCCCGGGGCAGGCUGGCCAGGCUGCACCGGCUGGCGGGCAGGCGCGACGAGCAGGUGCGGCUCCUGGAGGCGCGUGCCGCCUUCCUGGCCGCCGCCUACCCUGGCCUCAGCGCGGCGCGCGGCUGGAUGCUGGAGUCCCUGGGCGACGCGCUGAUGAUGCGGGCCGCGCGCGGGGGCGCGCCAGACACGGAGGGCGGAGACGACAGCCUGCGCCGCGGGCUGCGGGCCUACAUGGAGGCGUCGCGCAUCCUGGAGCUCAUGUUCGGGGAGGACCACGAGUACUCCGAUGGGCUGCUCACGAAGGUGGCGUACGCCAACGCGCAACUGCAGCUGCUGUCGAUCCCCCUCCUCCUCCCAGGGCGCGCCGCGGGCGCACUCGAGGGCCCCGAGGGCGGCGCGUCGAAGCGGCCCCGCCUCGCCGAGGAGAAAAGAGUGAGCGCGCCUCCUCUGAGAGGGGGGGGGGGCGUUCCCCGCUCCCGCCACGCCUUGGGCUGCAAUACCCCUCCAGUGCUUCGAGGA